AUGCGGCGCGAGGGACGGCAGCGGGGGUGGGUGCGUGUGUACGACCGCGCCCUGGUCGACCCGGAGGGCAAGCGCCGCGCCGUGGACGGCCCGGCGGUGGCCAACGGCGGCUUCAUCAGGGCUUCCCGGAGGCCGACGAACCAGUCGAAGCCCGGCGGCCUCCGCGCGCUCGGCAGGGACGCCCUCGCGCAAGCGGAGGAGGAGGAGCCGGAGCCGGAGCCGCAGCUCCAUCCGCCGCUGGGCGCCGGGUACUCCGGGUACUACUGCACGACGACGUGCCAGUCGCCGUUCAAGUUCGAGGCCGUGCCGUAUCAAUGGAGGUACGACGCCUUCGUGCCCGAGGAGGUGCAGGCUCCUCGUCCGCCGCCGGCGGCGGCGCGUUUCGGGGGAAGAGCGGCGUGCAAGGGGGGCCGCAAGUUCAAGCACAACGAGAUCAAGAUGUACUACGUCGACGCCGCCGAGGAUGUCGAUGGGCGCCUCGAUUAUCUCCAUGACUUGUUAUAG